AUUAAUCAAUUAUCGUUAGAAAAACAAAAUAUUUAGCAGUUUUCUGCAAUCACUGUGCGAAAAUUAUCUAGCUACAUUCCAGUUGGAAUCUAUUUUCUACUUGGUUGCAAAGUUUCAGUGUAAUGAAUCCAAUACGAUCGACAACUUUCCGAGGUGGUGAGGAGUCAAGAUCAACGCGUAACGAAGAUAACAAUACUUAUGCAGUUUUACGUUCAAGAACCGAAGAAGAGAAGCAGAGGCGCAGACGAGAAUGGCAACGCCAGCAAGAGCGAGAGAGACAGCAUGAGAAAUUAAAACAGCAAAAAAUUUUAGAAUAUGAAAGGAAACGUGCACAAGCUUUAAAAUAUACUGAAGAAAAAUCCUCGCGUCACAGUCAAAGUAAAAGUGGUAGUGAAUCUCCUACGCAUGUUCAGUACAGAGGUAGAUCUGCAUCAACUGCUUCUAAAUCUGGUAGCCUUCAUGAAAAAUUAGAUGGGUCUUCAAGUGGAACAAUACCUUUAUUUAGAGGUCCUCAGAAUGCACAGAUUGAUACUUCAGAACUACGUCGAAUUAAAGUUGAUAUUCAUAGGAAUAUUCCCGCAAAAGGACCUGUUACCGAAUUACAAAGAGAUAUACUUAAUCCUGAAGAUGUGAUCGUCAAGAGAAGAGAUGGAGAAGGAUGUAAACCAAUAUUCGACAGGGAAGAAUUAAAAAAGAUUAUAAACAAGACUAACGAAAUAGAAGAACGACGCACAGUUGUAGCUAUAGAUAAAGAACAAUCGGCCUCGACAACCAAGUCACGUUCUUUGAGAAGACGGUCUUUAUCCUUGAGUCCUAUUAGAAAUCGUGUCUAUUCCGGUAAUCUAUCUUCCUAUACAUCCAGUCGUCGCGCGGGUUUGAAACACCAGGAUAAGACAGAAAAAUGUGAUACUCGUGAAGAUAAUGGGAGAGGCGAUUUAGAGAAACGUAGAGAGUAUAAAGAAAAAUAUACCGAAAGAGAUGCUAAUAAACAUAAUACUAAUCGAUCGCGUUCUAGAGAAUCACGUAACUCACAUUCCAGGCCAUUUAUAGAAGAGAGAUCUUAUCGCGAUAGAUAUCGUGAAAGAUCAAACGAACGUUCUUACGAAAGAAGAGAUAGGGACAGGGGUAGAGAUAGGGAUAGGGAUAGGGAUAGGGAGAGAGACAGAGAGAGAGACAGAAAUAGAGACAGAACUAAAGAUAGAAAUAGAUCCAGAGAACGAAGGGAUAUAGCACCACACUAUAUUGAAUCGCCAAUACCCGUACCUAUCUAUUAUGGUAGUUUUCCUCCGAGACCUAUCGUAGUAAGCCCUAUGGUUCCAUUAAGAGGACAGAUUCCUCCUAUGGGAAGAGGUAGACAUCCUACUUUAAUGGCACCAGUUAGACCAUUUCCACCACGAUUUCCUCCAGAUAUAUACAGAUUGGGACAUCCACCUCCAAAUCCAAGAUAUGGACCAUUUUAAAACAGUGGAUAUAUUUUUAUACAUCAUCAAGAACAUUUUAUGAACACAAUAUUUUAAU